AUGAGCGGCAUACCUAUCGUCGACUUCGGCGCGUACCUGCACGGUAAAGCAGAGGAUCAGGAGAAGAUCGCCAAGGAGAUCGACGAUGCAUUCCAUAGUAUGGGCUUUGUCUACCUAAAGAACCAUGGCGUGAGGAAGGAGCUGGUGGAGGAGUGCUUUGCUUGGUCAAAGAAGUUCUUCGAUCUACCGCUUGAGACCAAGAUGCUGGCUCCGCAUCCGCCGGGUGGCAGUCAUCAUCGUGGAUACUCGGCGCCUGGAGUGGAGAAGGUUAGUCAAGGGGUUUAUGAUAUUAAUGAGCUGAACAAGCUGAGGGAGACGCCUGAUUAUAAAGAGUCCUUCGAGUCUGGCAACGUGAAAGAUGAGGCUCAGCCAAAUAUCUGGCUUCCAGAAGAUAAGCUUCCGGGCUUUCGCGCAUUCAUGGAGAAGUACUUUGUCGAGUGCGCCAGUCUAAUCCACAGCAUCCUCGACGCUCUCUCCAUUGCUCUCAACGUUCCAGCACCAGGCCUCUCUCCAACCCAUUCGCAGUCGCUCUUCCAACUCCGGCUUCUUCACUACCCCUCCAUCGACGCCGAACAGCUACGCAACAAUGAGCGCAGCAGGAUCAACGCGCAUUCCGACUUUGGCACGCUCACUUUGCUAUUCCAGGACAACGUUGGAGGACUUGAAGUACAGGAACCUGCGAACCCAGGUACUUUCCGUGCUGCAGAGCCCAUCGAGGACACUGUGUUGGUCAAUAUCGGAGAUCUCAUGGCGAGAUGGAGCAACGAUCGUUGGACAAGCAGUGUGCAUCGUGUUGGCCUACCUCCGGUCCUUCAAAAGGUCACUGAAGACGGCAAACGGAACGACAGGGAGAUAGUAGUACCAGAUCGCUACUCAAUCCCUGUGUUCGCGACACCAAAUAUGGAUACAGUUAUCGAUGCGUUGCCAGGUUGUUGGGAUGAAGAGAAGCCGAAGAAGUACGAGCCUGUAACCGCGUGGGGAUACGUACAGAUGCGGAUGGCUGCGUUUAACAAGCGUCGGGAAGAUCCGCUCCAACUCAAGUCACUCAGAGAGAAGCAAGAGAUAGAAGAGGCCAAAAGAUUCAAAAGUCCGACGCCUAUCGCGAAACUUCAGCGUCCGGGAGGGUCGACGUUGUCUUUCCGUACCCUGAUGACAGGCGUCUGGGAUUACGAUCACCUUGGCAAGCUCGUCUUUGACCAGAAGCUCAAGGACAAAAGGCAAGGUUACAUUACGUUCGGCAAGAAUGCUCUAGUGAUUUACCUCCGGGCAGAAACCGCCGAAGCCUUCAACUGGCAUUGCAGGAUUGAUAUUGAUUAUGCUACUAUAGAGCACAUCGUUCCGUCUCGCGGCAAUGGCCAACAUGGAACGAUAACAUUCACCCUCAAGUCUCCACCGAAGUUCUACGACAUUCAAUCGACUAAUGAUCUACACUUGUAUGCCGGUGAGCAAGCACCGAACGACAUCUCUGCCGCAUUGUCGAGACUCGGCAUCAAGCCGCCAAAACCAGUUCUUCGGCUACAAAGACUAUGCAAAUUGAGUAAAUCUCACGACAUGAACUCCGCUUUGUGUAUGGUCUACAAGAUCGCCUUCUCCGACACCCGAAGCGUUGAUCUUGCUUGGACCUUUGUUAAGCCCUUCUUCGCGGGACCUAACACAAAAUGGAUGAAGACCAUGGAGCCCACCGCUUUGACGGGCAGUAUUGAACACGAGUAUGCAGUCGUCAACAAGAUGCUUAGCGACUAUGGACCAUCCUUUCCGCAGACCUUCACGUUCAAUAUCCGUUACCAACUGACAGCGCUCAUGCUAGAGGGUACAAUCGCCCCGUGGAAGAUGAAGGAACUGAUACCGGUAGUACAAAAUGCUGCUGAGAAGCAUGGUGCAGAACUCACCGCGAACGCAGUUCGUCUCCUUGGGAAACGGAUACCAACGCCUACACCGGGUGUUAAGGCGGCAGAUCUUACUUCAAACGCAGUCAGUCGCAGAGGAAAGCGAAUACCAACGCCUGCACCAGCUGUUGAAGCGAAAAGCUUCAUGAUCAAGACCAUUAAGCGCAUUCUUGAUGAAAGCAUCGAAUGUUGUCAACGUCUUGAAGAGCUUUCCCGGAUCUGGGACGUCAAACAGAAGAAGCAAAAUCACCUCGCCUUAACAUACAAGGCUACGGUCACACCUACCGGUAUCCUGCUACGCGGCCCUGACUGGGUCGUCUCCAAUCGUAUAUUGAGGAAGUACAAAACCCACGCCCAGUUCUUCAUGCGCGUGUUCUUCGCAGAUGAAGACGAGCUGCCGGUAUUCCAUGACCCACGGGCAUCGCAAGAGAGAGUCUACGAACGCUUUCGAGGCGUACUUCGAAUGGGUAUCACGGUCGCCGGACAUACAUUCCAAUUUCUCGGCUUUUCCCAUGCGUCACUCCGUACUCAUGAAGCUUGGUUUAUGGCUCCUUUCAAGGAAGAUGAUAUUGUCGUCCGCGCAAGAGAUGUGUAA